AUGGACUUCGACCAGCAGGCGCAGGCCAAGGAGCUGGCAGCGGCAUUCGAGGCGACGCUUGCCCAGGUGGACUCCGCGCACGUCUUCCCGGAGAUGCGCAGGGCGGCGCUGUGCCAGGCCAAGUGCUGCGACACUUGUCCCAACCGCGAGGCCCUCCAGGCCUGCUACCAGGGCUGCACGCGCCGCGCGGAUGCCAUGCAGGCCGCCGUGAGCCGGCAGCUGUCGGGCUUCCAGGAGCGGCUGUCGCGGUGCCUGAUGCGGUGCCAGGACCAGGCGCGCGACUCGCUCCCGCCGGCGCCCAACGAGCGGCAGGUGGAGAAGGCGACGGCGGCGGCGGCGGCGUGCGCGGGGGCGUGCGGGGCGGAGUACAAGAAGAAGCUGCCCAAGUUGAAGGCGGAGAUCGAGGCGCAGAUUAAGGGGCUGUGA